GAUACUCAAUAUAGCAAAGUGCUCAUCUGCUCAAGAGACUAGACUCCAUAGCAACUGCAUAUCUGAUCAGUUGAAUAGAAAAAAGAAAAUACUUGAACACUGCAACCGUUGUUGAGCUGUUGUGCAAUCAUUCCUGGAAACCAGCUUGGAAUAUUCUCGUUUACAUACUUACAAACUCUUUAACCAAUAAGAAGCAUGGAAUUGUAUAUAUGCAAAUUUAGGGCAGCCAUAUUGCUGCUGUCUGUUGUUUCAUUGGUUAGAUUUGCACAUGCUCAGUACACCAUUGAAGAGGAAAAAUGGCCAGAAGGGAAAUUGGCUGCAGAUGUUCAGAAUUGGGCUCUGGUUAUACAGAAUUAUAUUUUAGAACUUGCCAGCGAUGGAUUGAAAACAUCGCAUAUGCAAUCAUUCUACGACAAAGCCAACUACACCAUGGAACAUAAAGAUGGUUUUGAAACUCUACAACGAGUGAAGAGCAGUCUUAGGGAUUAUUUCUCAAAAAAAGAACAAGCUGCAAGGCGCAUUGCCGAAGCAGUUGCUACGAUGUAUGACAACAAUAAUCAAAAUGCUGAAGUUCUAGAAUUUUCAAAGUUGCAAGAUGUUCCAUAUAAAUAUUAUAAAGACUCUGAUAUACCAAACAGAUUGCCCAGAAAUAUGGAGUUUAGUCCAUACUUUAAACAAAAAAUAAGUUCUGAAUCUAGUGUGGUGAAGAUUUCAGAUGAAGUACCAAGAGACAGUAAUGUUACAAUCAAUACGGUUAUGUAUACAUACGGGUUGGAUGAAGUCUUCAAGCAAAACAAUUUAAAAGAUCCUCUAUUGAGGUGGCAAUAUUUUGGUUCCAAGGAUGGUAUACUACGUAUGUACCCUGGACGAGAGUGGGACACCAACUUUGCAGGUUUUUAUAAUGACUAUGACCCAAGGGUGAGACCUUGGUAUAUUGCCGCAACGAGUGGACCUAAAGAUGUCGCUAUUAUACUGGAUUGCAGUUAUUCCAUGACUGGUAAAAAGUUUGAAAUAGGUAAAGCUGUUGUGAAGACAAUACUCAAUACUUUAACAAAACAAGACUAUGUGAAUGUUAUUUGUGCUAGAGCCAGUCAUUGGGAUGAAGUUGGAAAGUGGCAUUUAUUCAGUACUGAUGUACUCAGUUGCCAAGACAACCGAUUAGUUCCUGCAUCCACAGCACAUAGAAAAGAUCUGAAAGAAAAAAUUGAGACAUUGGUCCCAGGAGGCACCAGUGAACUUCAUUAUCUUACAAUUGAUGAUGGUGAAGAAUUCCCCGGAAGACUUGCCUGUGAAAACAGAGGAAGCAUGAAGAAACUUCUGAGUGGGAAUAACUUAAUAUCACAAAUGAACAACUAUUUUGAGUUUUUAUCAUCCAACACUGAGGGUACACAAGGUCUGUGGACAUCCCCUUACUUGGAUGCCUGGGGUCUCGGAUUAAUGGUCACUGUAGCUAUACCUGCAGUGAGUAAAAUUUCAAACAAGGUUAUUGGAGUGGCUGGUAUUGAUGCUACAUUGGAAGAAAUUGAGAAUUUGAUUGUCAAUGAACAGUGGGGAAGUGUGUAUGCAUUUUUGGUGAACAACGAAGGAGAGACAAUCUUCCAUCCUCUCUUGAAACCUAGCAGUAAGUUAGUGGAUGAUCCAAUCUUUAUUCCAAUCUCCAAACUGGAACAAAGAGAUGGUAAACCUGCAGCAUUUGCUGAAGUAGAGGCUGCAAUGAGAAGAGGAGAAAGUGGGUCUAAAACAAUUGAAGAUGCUUAUAGAGGUUUACCAAAGGCUCGUAUUUUCAGUUAUCUUACAAUUGAUGAUGGUGAAGAAUUCCCAGGACGACUUGCCUGUGAAAACAGAGGAAGCAUGAAGAAACUUCUGAGUGGGAAUAACCUAAUAUCACAAAUGAACAACUAUUUUGAGUUUUUAUCGUCCAACACUGAGGGUACGCAAGGUCUGUGGACAUCCCCUUAUUUGGAUGCCUGGGGUCUCGGAUUAAUGGUUACUGUAGCAAUACCUGCAGUUAGUAAAAUUUCAAACAAGGUUAUUGGAGUGGCUGGUAUUGAUGCUACAUUGGAAGAAAUUGAGAAUCUGAUUGUCAAUGAACAGUGGGGAAGUGUGUAUGCAUUUCUGGUGAACAACGAAGGAGAGACAAUCUUCCAUCCUCUCUUGAAACCAAGCAGUAAGUUAGUGGAUGAUCCAAUCUUUAUUCCAAUCUCCAAACUGGAACAAAGAGAUGGUAAACCUGCAGCAUUUGCUGAAGUAGAGGCUGCAAUGAGAAGAGGAGAAAGUGGGUCUAAAACAAUUGAAGAUGCUUAUAGAGGUUUACCUAAGGGUGAUUUUGCUGAUGGUGUCAAGUUACUACAGCAGCCAGCCACAUACUACUACACAGCACUGAAUGCUUCAGUUUAUGCAUUUGCAUUCAAUUUAGCAGAGUCUGAUUCAGAAUUCAGAAGAACUCAUGAACCAGAGGAGAGUCUUCGUAAGACUCUGCCGACAUCCAUCUUUAAUCUUAUUAUAAAAUAUGACUCUGAACUUGCUAGACAAAAACUUCCAGGAUUGUUCGAAAAGAUGAAGGUUGAAUAUAAUUUACCGAAGUAUCCACAAUUACGAGUGACGUAUCUCCAUUCCUCCUUCAUGUUGGCACCAAAAUGUUAUUGCGAUCCCAACUCGUAUCUUUUCGAUGAAGACUUGGCAAACAAAACUGUGACAGCUCACCUGUUUAUGAAUGGCAACGAGACUGCCAAAGACUGCCCUAACAGUAUAUACGAGAAGAAUAUUAGAGCUGAUGUACUGAUAACUUCGCAAAUUGAAGAAAUAUGGAAAACUCGUAAGUUUGACUUGCUGGAUGAUGUGAAAUGGACAUAUAUUGGUUGUCGUAGUGGUGUAUUUCGUACGUAUCCAGGUCAUCGAUCAAGAAGAACAUACGACCCGACAAAGCGUCCAUGGUAUCAUCGCACCAUGACCAACCCAGAAAAGACAGCCAUAUCCACAGCGUACAUGGAUGCAGCAGGUGUUGGCAAGAUUAUUAGUAUAUCACAAGCUAUAUUUGAAGGAAUGCCUUUGAGAACUCAAGAAGAGUGUGAUAUGGUUGAAGGUCUUAAACCAGGAGGAUGUGUUUGUGAAUCUUAUGAAGAAUGUUUAUCAGGUCAUUGUUACCAUAGUGAAGCACCAGGCUACAUGCAGCUGAGAAGACGAUGUGCUUCAGAGAAAGUAGAGGCAGUGACAGCACUGGAUAUCCUGUAUAAGGACUUCCAUAAUAAUGUAUAUUUGAGCAUGCAGUCGAGUGAUGGGGAGCGUUCUUGUAGGCAGACAUAUCGAUGUCCAAAUGGGGAAGACAUGUGUCAGACUCGAUGUUACUUGUUUGAUAACUUUGCUAACUUGGUGACUGAUCCUGAAUUCAUACAUGCGAGUGACUUGGAUGAGAGACAGUAUAAGAGAGUGUCACUGGGCAAGAAAGAAGGAGAAGUGAUGCAUGAACUCAUCUAUAAACAUGGUUUCUUUGAACGUAAAGAACAGAUUGAUUUCCAAGGUUCAUGUAGCGUGUCACCAUAUUCACCAAAAGUAACAUUGGAUGGUAUUGCUAAAACACCAGAAGAGUUGGAUGAUUAUUUCCGUACAAAGGGACCAAUCCCAUCAUUCUCUAAUAACUUUGGUUGUAUACAGGAUGUAGUAGGGUACCAAGCAAAUAGCUCUGCAUUAGGGCCAAGUGGUAUGAUCACUGGCAACGUCACUGGCGCUUGCAAAUCUGGUUUCUACUAUCUGACAGCUUUGCCAAAAACUAAUCUUUUUCUACUGGUUAUUGAAAACUGGAGGAAUGACUCUGAAAGUAACUUCUUCAAUUUUAACUGUAGAAUAACAAACAGAUUCAGAGCGUUGCAGACUUCCAACUGGUUUUAUCCAGUUACUGGUACAUUGCGUUACUGGAGAUGA